AAAUAGCCGAUUAACCCAAUUUGAUGGAAAACUCUGGAAAAUAAAGAAAGAAAAAAGUCGACAAAUUACUCCAGAAGUCGCUAACCUCAUCUUCCUCUUCGCCUGCAACCGUGGAGGCUGCUCUCUACUGCUUCUUCUUCUUCUGCUCUUCACCACUUACCUCCUCCUCUCUCUAAGCAUUUCAUACUCAGAUUCGAAGCAGAAGUGUUGAACCAACACAGCGUCUUAUGAUUGGUGGAAGAUUUCACGGUUACGUUAUUAAAUUGCAGAAUCCAAUCAAGAGUAAGUAGCCUUUUCACUAGAUACUGCAUCAUUCAACAUGGUUUCAAUGGCCAUUAUACCUUGUGGAAGUACAUCAAUUGCUCAAUGGGGAAUUCGUCCUCAGUGCAUGCUAAGACCUUCAACGAAUAAGAUAUCCUCCAUCCAAUAUGGUGUCACAAGCAGGAUUAGCAACAUAGCUGCUCUGAACUCAAGUUUCUUCUCCCGAGGUUCCUUCAGCGUUCUAUUUGACACAAGAUCCUCACAAACUUCACAUCAACGAAGAGGCGGGUUGCUUGUUGUUAGAGCAGAUAGUGAUUAUUACUCUAUCCUUGGGGUGUCCAAAAAUGCCAGUAAAUCUGAAAUUAAAAGUGCUUAUCGGAAACUUGCUAGGAGUUACCAUCCGGAUGUGAACAAAGAUGCUGGGGCUGAACAGAAAUUCAAGGAAAUUAGUAAUGCUUAUGAAGUCUUGUCUGAUGAUGAGAAACGCUCACUCUACGAUAAAUACGGAGAGGCUGGCCUUAAAGGCGCUGGUAUGGGCAUGGGGGAUUUCAGCAAUCCUUUCGAUCUCUUUGAAUCUCUAUUUGAAGGCAUGGGAGGCAUGGGCGGUAUGGGCAUGGGGGGUCGAGGGUCGAGGAGUAGAGCAGUAGAUGGACAAGAUGAGUAUUACAAUCUCGUGUUGGAUUUCAAGGAAGCUGUUUUUGGUGUCGAAAAGGAAAUUGAGAUUAGCAGAUUGGAGAGUUGUGGGACUUGUGAAGGGUCUGGUGCUAAACCUGGAACCCAACCAACCAAAUGUAGUACAUGUGGUGGUCAAGGCCAGGUUGUCUCGUCGGCAAGGACCCCUUUAGGUGUCUUCCAGCAGGUAAUGACUUGCUCUUCCUGUGGCGGAACUGGGGAAAUAUCCACACCUUGCAACACAUGUUCUGGGGAUGGGCGAGUACGGAGGACAAAGAGGAUAAGUUUAAAAGUUCCAGCAGGUGUUGACGCUGGUAGUCGUCUAAGAGUUCGAAACGAAGGGAAUGCAGGAAGACGAGGUGGGUCCCCUGGGGAUCUUUUUGUCAUUAUCGAUGUUAUGCCUGAUCCCGUACUAAAGCGUGAUGAUACCAAUAUCUUGUACACUUGCAAAGUUUCGUACAUUGAUGCUAUCUUGGGGACUAGCAUCAAAGUUCCAACUGUAGACGGGAUGGUUGAUUUAAAAAUCCCUGCCGGGACACAACCAAAUACAACACUUGUGAUGUCAAAGAAAGGAGUUCCUCUUCUAAAUAAGAGAAAUAUGAGGGGAGAUCAGUUGGUUCGUGUGCAGGUUGAAAUCCCGAAAAAGUUGAGUAGUGAGGAGAGGAAGUUGAUUGAGGAACUGUCGGAUUUGAGCAAAGGGAAAGCUGUGAGCAGUAGAAGAUAGCUUGGAUUGAAGUAAAACAGAAAAAAAAGGCAGAUGAGAAAUGAAUUGGAAGGAUUGAUUGAUUGAUAGUAUGGUAAGGAUUGAUACAUGUACGAUGUAAUGUAGUAGGUAAUUCAAUGUUAGUACAAUUUUGUCAACAAAAUCUUGAUAUCUUGAAUGAUAAAUGAUAGGAAGAAAUGUAACUCAAAGAAUAAAACUCUUUGAUCUUGAAUCUUUCAGCACAAACAUAUAUUAUGUUGGAUUGAUUUACAUAAUAACUCUUUUAUUCUUCCCAA